CAAUCUCCCACUUCGCCCAGUGGUCCCCACGAUGACUGCGCCAACAUACGAGCUGUCCAAAUUUCUUUCGAACAUCCUACAGCAAUCUGUAAACAACACGUACAGCAUAAGGAAUUCGGAGGAAUUUUGCGAAUUUAUCAACAGCAGCACUGUGGGGCCAGGAUACGCAAUGGUAUCCUUUGAUGUGGUGUCACUAUUUACAAACAUCCCACUGGAAUUAGUGAGGAAAGGCAUCCUGAACCAGUGGAACAACAUAAAGGAACACACCAACAUUAACCUGGACCUAUUCCUGGAGAUCGUGGUUUUUGUCAUCGAGGCUAGCUAUUUCGUAUUCCAACAGAAACACUACCAACAAAUCGCUGGCACAGCAAUGGGUAACCCUCUUUCGCCCGUGUUAGCAGAAAUCGUCACCGGCGAACUGAUAGAUGCAGUGUUAUCCAAACUAGGUGUGCACAUUCCAAUCCUGAAAAAGUUUGUUGACGACUUUUUCAUCGUUAUUCCGGCCAACGAAGUUGAUACAGUUUUGGGUGCAUUCAACGACUAUCACCCAAAACUGCAAUUCACGGUCGAAUACGAGGUGGACGGCAGGCUACCAUUCCUCGACAUGGUCGUUGUUCGCAACGAAGACCAAUCUUUCUCCACUGAUUGGUUCAUGAAGCCCAUCGCAUCUGGACGGAUCCUUAAUUACUUCUCGCUGCAUCCAAAACACCUAAAAAUAAAUGUGGCAUACAACUUCGUCAAAAAGGUAAACACCCUUUCGACGAUCAAAACGGAGCAACAGAAAAAGGAGACGGUGAUGAGACUACUGAAGCUAAACGACUACCCCGUCUCGUUGAUCAACAGACUGAUUAACCGACACAACGAGAGAAGAACGAGAACACCAACACAACCAGAAAAUGACGAUCAACAAAUCAAAAUUUAUAAGUCGAUUCCAUACAUAGUAGGGUUAUCACAGCAGAUCACACAAUACUUUAAGAGAUCAAAUGAAUUUGACAAUAUUAACAUAGUACAUUAUAAUAACAACACAGUAGGUUCAUUGUAUAGAGCUAUGAAAGGGAGGACAGAUACAUAUCAGCGUAAUAACGUAAUUUACUGUAUUGGUUGUCAACAAUGUGAUGCCAAAUACGUUGGUAUGACAACCAACAAAUUACAAACACGUAUGUACGGACAUAAAUCUGAUGUAAAUCUCCUGGACAAAGUCACCAAAAUAGAAAACACUUCAGACAGGCUACACAAAUUGAGCGGUCUGAAGGAAAGAACAGCAAUGAUGAACCACUGUGUUAGCACAGGGCACAGAUUUGACCUGCAGAAUGCCAGUAUAUUAGACCAUAGCUUGAAAACAAAUAGACUACCGAUACUAGAGGUAUGCCACAUAAUGACAACACAAAAUAUAAACAAACGGACAGAUGUAGAGGGGUUACACACAUGUUAUACAGGUAUCAUGCACACACUGAACAGAUUAUCUCACAGAAACAGACAAAAUAGGAACGAUCUUGACACUAAUACAAUAGAAACAGAUGAAGCGCGAAUGAAUCAAAAUGACGAAUAACGUAGACAGAAAAGACGAUUGAAGUUGAAGAGCUUGAUAGUUAAUAAGUGUUAUAUUGAAUUGUGGGCGAAAAACAUAGUACAGUGGAGGCGUACAGAUGGUAGUACUAGAUUACCAAACCGACUUCCCAACGACAAAACUAAGACAACACUACAGGCUGAAUGUUUUUGGACAGCUACGAAUAAUUCUUUAUCCCUGAUGAAGAUCCAAAUUGGGAUCGAAACGUUGGAGCCAAGAAAAUAAAUUCGUAGGCCAAUUAUUAAGACUGCAAGCCAGAACAAAUUAUUCGGGACAA